AUGGAGAUUCUUGAUUAUAAUCCAGAAGUAGUGGUGAAUUUAAGUGACUUCGUUUACAACUACGUCACUUCUGUGUUGACAGAAGCUCGAAAUAUUUCAGCUGACCCUGGUCAUUUGACAAGACAGGAUACAUUGUUUGCUAUUAAAUACGUCAACGACAACACAGUAUUUUUGGAGUUCGACGAAAUCUUGAAAUGUGCUAAACUAGUUAAUAAGGAACCGUUGCCUGAAUUUAUGGGAAAAAUCGGUUUGAAUCUGCCCCCAGAACGUUACUGUUUGAAUAAGUGUAACUAUGCGUUGAGAAGAUACUGA